AUGGUGUUCAAGAUUCUGACCUGUGCCCUGGCAUUCGUGCUGGUCACGAGUGAUUCGGCGAGCGCUGAGUGCUGGCAUCGAUACAGAGGGUCUAAAAAUGGGGAUACCAUGCUGUUGGUUCCACCGGGCACGACCAUAAAGUACAAGCCAAAUGGUGUCCCAGUGAGCGUUCCUCUGCCAGAGCCGGAUCCUCAGGAUCAGUUGCCAACUCAGCCGCAGCCAAUACCGAAGCCAAGUGUUUCGCACUCGAAGGACGUUUGCAAUUUGCCCACUUGUUGGGGAAAACCUAACACCGAGUGCUUGUUCAAGGACUUCACUCCAUCGGCAAAUUGUGGCCAAGUCCUGACCGUUGGCCUGUCCACGGAAGAAAAGAAAGCCAUCGUCGACUUGCACAACCGUCUGAGAAUGAAGGUGGCUCGUGGAGAGGAGCUCAGAGGUGCACCCGGGCCACAGCCCGCCGCCACCAACAUGCAGAUGCUCGAGUGGGACGAGGAGCUGGCUCAGACCGCCCAAAAGUGGGCCAGUCAGUGCAUCUUCCAACACGACAAGUGCAGAGAUCUCCCACGUUACGAAGUUGGCCAGAAUCUCGCUGCCAGAAGCACCAGUUACAGGCCAGGUUUCGAACAAUUCACCACUGAUAUGCUCGUAAACAUGUGGUACGACGAAGUACGAUAUUACAACAGAAACAGUGUUCACCGCUUCGACGGUCUGGCCGGUGCGGGUGGUGAGCAAACCGGACAUUACACGCAGCUCGUCUGGGCAAAGACCAAUCGCAUCGGCUGCGGCGCCAUAAGGAACUACCAAGGUGGUGACUACACAUUCACCCUGGCCUGCAACUAUGGACCAUCUGGUAAUUUCAUGAACCAACCGGUGUAUAAUACCCAGCUGCAAACUCAGCCUCAGAUGCAGAUCCAGCCACGGUCGAAUCCUCAGCCCCAGGGGCAGAUCCAGCCACGUCCGAAAUCUCAGCCUGAGCUGACGAUUCAGCCGCAACCAGUAACAAAGCCAAGUAUUUCGCACUCGAAGGACGUUUGCAAUUUGCCCACUUGUAGGGGAAAACCUAACACCGAGUGCUUGUUCAAGGACUUCACUCCAUCGGCAAAUUGUGGCCAAGUCCUGACAGUUGGCCUGUCCACGGAAGAAAAGAAAGCCAUCGUCGACUUGCACAACGAAUUGAGAAUGAAGGUGGCUCGCGGACAGGAGCUCAGAGGCGCACCCGGACCACAGCCCCCCGCGACCGACAUGCAGACGCUCGAGUGGGACGAGGAGCUAGCUCAGACCGCCCAAAAGUGGGCCAGUCAGUGCAUCUUCCAACACGACCAGUGCCGACAUCUCCCCCGUUUCCAAGUUGGCCAGAAUCUCGCUUGGAGAGGCAACACAUCCAAGCAAGGGUUCUCGCAAAUCACCGCUGAAAUUCUCGUAAAAGACUGGUACGACGAAGUACAAUAUUACAACAGAAACAGUGUUCACCGCUUCAACUCUCUGUAUGGUGCUGGUGGUGAGCAAACUGGACAUUACACGCAGCUCGUCUGGGCAAAGACCAAUCGCAUCGGCUGCGGCGCCAUUAGGAACUACCAAGGUGGCUACUACAAAUUCACCCUGGCCUGCAACUAUGGACCAUCUGGUAAUUUCAUGAACCAACCGGUGUACAGGACCCAAUAA